CAACUUUUUGUCCUAAAUUCACCUUCUCUGUGACUCCGUCUCUCUCUCUCUCUCUCCCCUUGGAAAAAAAAAAAAAAAAAAAAAGGAAAAAAGAGAAACUCGGAUCGGAGAAGAUGAUGCACAUGACUUUCUACUGGGGUAAGGACUUGACCCUACUGAUCGACUCCUGGCGCACGUCGUCGUGGACCAGUUACUCGCUCACCCUCCUCGCCUGCCUCAUCGUCUCCGCCUUCUACCAGUACUUGGAGGAUCGGCGCGUGCGCCUCAAGCUCGUCUCAUCCGGGAAGCCGCCGGCGCAGAUCGAGGCGCCUCUGCUGCAGGGGAUGAUCUUAGGAGGACGAGGGAAGUGGUCGGUGGCGAGGAUCAGCGGGGCUGUGCUCUUCGGGGUGAACUCGGCCAUCGGGUACCUGCUGAUGCUGGCGGUUAUGUCAUUCAACGGAGGGGUCUUCGUGGCUGUGGUGCUGGGCCUCGCCCUCGGCUACUUGAUCUUCAGGAGUGGGGAUGAGGAUGUUGCUACGCUUGUCGUUGAUAAUCCUUGUGCUUGUGCUUAGAUUUCAACCCCCCCAAUCCCAUAACCGAAAAAACGUUCCAAAUAAUUUCCCCUUUUGGUUUCUUUCUUAAUUUGGGUGGUUUGGUUGUUGGAAAGCUUUCAGUGAUUGUAAACUAUUAUAAGCUGAAUUAUGUGGGAAGGGAGUUUAUGUGCCAUCUGCAUCACAAUGUACAUGUAAUUCUUCUUAUGAAAACGAAUUGUUGUGUGUUCAA